ACCUGGGAAAUUUACCUUCCAUAUAUCAAACAGGGCCUAAAAUUCCAGGGACAUUACCUUCCAUCCAUCAAAUAGCCUCAAAGUAAGCCAUCUCUCUGUAAUUUGUAUGAAUAAGUCGUAGAGGUGUUUGUUCUUCCCGCCAUUUCACGCCCUACCAUAUUUGUUUGGAGAAGUGACCAUGAUUUUCAGAGGUUCUCCAAGUUUCUUUCUUUUUAUCGCUAGUCUGCAGCAGUAAGCAAAGGGAAAUGACAGCCUAUUAUAGCAUGUGAAGAGCUAGAGACAGAGAGAGAAUGGAUCAUUCACUAUGGGGACACCUGCCUUUGCUGGUGAGAUCCAACUCCAAAGAAUCAGUGGAGUACAUACUCCAGACACUCUGGCGAACUCGCAAGACUGGCCUUGCCCCAGCUGACAGGGCCUUCAUCCGUGAUGUGCUCCAACUCCCCAGCGACUCUGACCUCGAUCCCCUAUUGGUAUGCCUUCGUAUAUUGAUACGUAGGUGUGUAUAUGAAAAUUUCAGCAAAGAUGAAAUAAAUAAGCUUUUCCCCCCUGAGGUUUCGCCUGAACUGCAAAGAUUGCUCACUCUUCUGCUUCAGAAGUUCCAAAGGGAGUGGAGGGAUGAUGCACGCAGAGACCAGGUUUCCUUGCCUCGCUUGAAAGCAAUGACUUGGAAUAUGGCAACUCCAAAUGCAGCAACUACAGAUCACGUCGCUGUUAUUAGUCUGAAGCUUCAAGAUGAUACUCGACAGUCCCCCUCAAGUGAAAGAGAGGUCAAGUUCCAAUUAGCAAAAGAUACCCUUGAUACCAUGUUGAAGUCCAUGUACUAUAUAAGGGAGCAAUUAUCAAGUAUAGGCGAACCUUUAAAUGGUCAUUUGCAAGCUAACGGUCAGUAAUAGAAUUAGUCUAGCACAUUGAAUUUGGAAGGUAUGACCAGGCUUGUGACAUGAACAUGUAGAAAAUAGUGGCUUGAAAUAUGAUACAAUGUCUUUGUUUCAUUUAAUGAUGUGGUAUCCUUUUGAGCCCUAA